UAGUCUCUGGAAGGAAACCCUCUUUUCAUCUUCAUUAAUCCAACCAAAGUCUUCUCAUUGUCUGUUCCAUUGCUUAUUUUGAUUACGAGUUUGAUUCGAUCAUCGAUGGCUGAAUCGGAAGUGCAGGAACGCAGGAUUGUGGUAGCGGUGGACGAAGGGGAGGAGAGUAUGUAUGCUCUAUCCUGGUGUCUCAAGAACGUAGUUUCCCAAGUUUCGAAAGAUACCAUCAUCCUCCUUUACGCCAAACCGAUUUCCUCUGUCUACCCUAGUGUCGACGGAACAGGUUAUAUGUUUUCCUCUGAUAUAAUUGCGUCGAUGGAGAACUACAGGAGGAACUUGGCCGAUUGUGUAAUGGAGAAGGCCAAUAACCUCUGCAAGGAUCUUCCUAAUAUUAAGGUGGAGACGAGGGCGCAGAACGGAGAUCCGAGGGAUGUGAUAUGCGAUGUGGUUGAGAAGAUCAAUGCUGAUUUGUUGGUCAUGGGAACCCAUGGUUAUGGUCUCAUCAAGAGGGCUUUCCUUGGAAGUGUGAGUAAUCACUGUGCGCAAAACGUUAAGUGCCCUGUUUUGAUAGUGAAGAAGCCAAAAUCGGUGGGUAACAGUAGUGUCUGCAAGUGAUCAGAGUUAAAGCUUUGUCGAGUUCUGCUUGUCUGUGCAAUUGGUUCUGGGAAAUGGGUAGUUAAUGUAGUGUGUAAAUACAAAUCUUUCAGGGAGUUUUUUGUUUUUUGUCUUUGAUCAGUGAUCACUGCCCUUUAAUGUCUGUGUGGUCUAGUUUCCUUGCUUCCUCUGUUAAUGGAAAAUCUUUUUUUGAGUUUUAGAUGUAA